GCUGCUAUUCCAUCCAUCGAAAACACAUGAGGCAUAACAGAAUAAUAGUCAAGCAAAUAAAUCCAGUGUAACCUGGCAACCGGGACACUCGAUCUGCCUGAUCAGCCAGUCUGACCGACGGAGCUGGUACAGCCAACCGCUUCUGAUAUAAUUAACGCCGAUAUUUAUCUAUCAACCUACCUUGUUAUGAAGAAGAGGGGUGAAGACAGACGGUGAUGUUGCUACAGGCACCGGUGCAGAGAGGCAGCGGCACCUGAUCAAAAGGAUAACAAAUAAAUAAGCGACAGUGAGAAAUGCUCGUUUAGAUAGACACCUCCUAUUAUAGAGAAUAAAUAAAAAUUAAAAAUAAACAUUACAGUAGCAGAAAAAGUGAGGAGAUAACAUUGGAAGUGGCAGAACUAUAUCAUUAAAACCCAUUGCGAGUUAUUCUGUGCAAGAAGGACGGCGCUGGAGACUGCAGUAAUAAUACCUUACACAUCAUUUUAGGGUUUAACAACAAGUGAAGAAAAGGAGUUUAUGGGACAGAAAGGAAAUUGAACGAGCACACGCUUUCUUGAUUGUUUUCGUUGUUUGAUCGGCUACACGCAUUCCAGUUUAAUCGAAUACCAUCCCCCGAACUCUUCAUUUGCUUGCUCGCAAGCAGAGAUGCCGGUCCAGAUCCCAGACGAUUCCGAUUUCAACUCGUUCAGGGAGCAGUGUGAGAAUCUGGAGGGAUGGACUGUACACUACAACAAAGCGGGGGUGACGGUGUGGUGCCGAGACCAACAGGAGAGUAAAACUGUGCAGAAAUUAAAGAUGAAAAUAGUCUGCAAGGAUGUAACUGCAGAAACACUGUAUGAUGUCCUGCAUGACACCAGCUACCGUAAAAAAUGGGAUACCAACAUGAUUGAUACCUACGACAUUGGAAAGCUGACAGUCAAUGCUGACGUGGGCUAUUACUCCUGGAGGUGCCCGAGUCCGCUGAAGAAUAGAGAUUUCAUCACCCUGCGAUCCUGGCUUCCUCUUGGCGGUGACUACAUGAUUAUUAACUACUCUGUGAAGCAUCCUAAAUAUCCCCAAAAGAAAGACUAUGUGAGAGGUGUGUCAGUGCAGACAGGCUACCUGAUCAAAUCCAACGGUGACAACAGCACCCUCUACUACCUGACGCAGGUGGACCCCAAAGGUUCCUUACCAAAGUGGGUGGUAAAUAAAGUAUCUCAGUUUGUGGCUCCAAAGGCAAUGAAGAAGAUCUACAAGGCCUGUCUGAAGUACCCCGAGUGGAAGCGGAAGCACAACCCCCACCUGAAGCCCUGGCUGUACCCCGAGCAGAACACCCUGCCCAGCAUCAACCCGGCAGAGCUGUCCCUGCAGCACGCGGACUCACUGGAGAACAUCGACGAGAGCGGGCUGAGCGAGGAGAAGGGGCACAUCAGCGAAGAGGAGGACAGCUACUCCAAAGAGUCAUAAUGUGAGCACAGUCAGCUCACUGAGCAUGCAACACUGAGCCCGAUCACAGGCAAUAUCCCCAGCAGAGCCACUCCAUACCGGAGCCCCACACAAUCACUGCAGAUUACCCCAGGAGCCCCAACGACAAGCCCAUACACAUCCAUACUGAGAAACACUUACUGAACAACAUGCACAAUAAAACCCUCCGAGCCAUUCAGUAGCACAGUCAUUGACUCCAUUACUAUCCCAAUACAAUUAUACUGAGCCACUGUACUUAAAUACUGUAGAAUUAACCCAUGCAGCUAAUAUCCACAUUCUUAUUUUAUAUCAUCUAUUUCUACUUGGGCUUUUCUCCACUAGCCACUCACUCACUCCUCUGCAAGCUCAGUGUCCAAUUUGAGGAUAGCUAGCACACACCCACCUAUCUUAAUGUGACCAUUAAGAGACCAUUCACACAUAUAUCGAUAGGGCUGUCCAAUAUAUCUAGUGAAUCUAAUACAAGUACAACAUUUGAAGACAUUGCAAGUUUCUUUAAGUAUUUAUUUAUUCAGCAAUGUUACGGAUGACAAACCCAAUACUAAUCAAUUCAAAGUUCCCCCAAUGAAAUACAAAGGAAUUGACUGCAACAUGAAAGCUAAAUCCUACAGCUACUGACAACAUAUAGAAACAGACAGGACAGGGAGGUCCCUAAGCAAUGGACAGCAUCAUCAGCGCAUUGAUUCAAUCAAAAUAGAUGUUCCAGUGCAUCCUAGAAUCCUCUGGAUGACAAACCAUCUUAUCUAGAAAAUAAAUGAAAUCCCUUUAAUCUAUGGGGAGUGCUCCAAGGGCUCAUACACUAUGGUGCCUCUGCAGCAAAGAGUCACUGUUUUUAUUAGAAUCCUUGUUAAUCAACAACAUCACUGCAAGUCUGUUUCUUUUUAGGUUUUCUUUGCACAAGGCUGAUACCGUAUAAGACUUGUUUUAAAUGAAGUACAACUUCACAGCGACUACAAACAGUUCAGCCUGGUUGAUGGCAUAUUCAGGAAAGCGUAUUAAGCAUCAGAUUUUUUAUAAUCUAUUUUUCUGAAUGUUUUCUAACUUUCACUCGAACACAGUCAGGUAGCCUUUUGCUGUGGACAGGUAAUUGAAACUGAAAACUUAGUUAUGGUACUGCAAUAAUAAUAAUAAUAAUAAUAAUAAUAAUAAUAAUAAUGAUAAUAAUAAUGACUGGGGAUGACAAUUUUAAACUUUUAGACUCAGCAAACUAAUUAUUACUUAAUACAUUCUCAAAAUAUUUCUAAAUUGGAAGGCUCGCUUGUAUAGAAUUUUUUGAAGAUU